ACAUAUCCGGUUUAGGAUGAACCUGGCCACUGAAGGAACAGCAUCACUUUGAGAAUAGUUCAAAAGGAGUGCACGGUGUCUGGUACGUUGACGUGUUGUUUUGAUUAUUCGACGUUGUUUAAGGAUGGAGAAGAUGAGUUACACGUUCAGUCAGCAAUAUGAGGAAAAAAUCCGCCCCUGCAUCGAUACUAUUGACAGUUUGCGGUCUUUGGGAGUCGAAAAGGACUUGGCGCUGCCUGCCAUCGCCGUCAUUGGAGACCAAAGCUCAGGAAAGAGUUCUGUUCUCGAGGCGCUGUCAGGAGUGGCGUUACCCAGGGGCAGUGGAAUUGUUACAAGAUGCCCUCUUGAGCUCAAAAUGAUAAGAACUAAAGAUGAAGAGAAAUGGCAUGGGAAAAUCAGCUACAUGGGAAAAGAAGCAGAAGAUAUUCAUGACCCAGCAGAAGUGGAGAAAAAGAUUCGAGAAGCCCAGGAUGAGAUGGCUGGAGUAGGUGUUGGUAUUAGUGAUGAACUCAUCAGUCUGCAGAUCACCUCUGCCAAUGUUCCUGACCUCACUCUCAUUGACCUCCCUGGUAUCGCACGAGUGGCAGUCAAGGGUCAACCUGAGAAUAUUGGAGAUCAGAUUAAGAGACUGAUCAGGAAGUUUGUUACUAAGCAAGAAACAAUCAACCUGGUUGUGGUACCAUGCAAUGUUGACAUCGCAACUACAGAAGCAUUAAAAAUGGCUCAGGAGGAGGACCCUGAGGGCGAGAGAACAUUAGGCAUCUUAACAAAGCCUGACCUGGUGGAUAAAGGCACUGAAGAGACAGUCGUAGACAUUGUGCACAAUGAGGUCAUUCACCUUAGUAAAGGCUACAUGAUUGUGAGGUGCAGGGGACAAAAAGAGAUUAUAGAUCAGGUCACUCUCAAUGAGGCCACAGAAACAGAAAAUGCCUUCUUCAAAGACCAUCCUCAUUUCAGAAAACUUUAUGAAGAAGGUUUUGCCACCAUUCCCAAGUUGGCUGAGAAACUAACAAUUGAAUUGGUUCAUCACAUUCAGAAAUCCUUGCCUCGUUUAGAAGAGCAAAUCGAGACAAAGCUCGCUGAAACAAUGAAGGAAUUGGAGGCAUAUGGCAACGGACCCCCAUCAGACCCUGCAGAAAGACUGAGCUUUCUCAUUGAUAAAGUUACAGCUUUCACUCAUGAUAUGUUCAACCUGACCACUGGGGAGGAAGUUAAAUGUGCCUCAGAUCUACUGAUAUUUCCAGAGCUUCGUCGAGAAUUUGCAAAAUGGAAUAGCCUCUUGGAUCGUUCAGGAGAUUCCUUCAAAAGGAAGAUUGAGAAGGAAAUUGAAAGCUAUGAGGCCAAGUAUCGGGGAAGAGAGCUUCCAGGAUUCAUUAAUUACAAGACUUUUGAAGGGCUUGUCAGGGAACAGAUCAAGCUGUUGGAGGAUCCUGCCUUAAAGACACUGAAGACCAUCUCUGAUAUGGUUAGAAGAAAGUUCGUUCAGCUGGCCCAGUGCAGCUUCGUUGGAUUCCCUAAUCUUCUGAAAAUAGCAAAGACUAAGAUCGAAGCCAUCAAGCAGGAUAAAGAAUCCCUGGCAGAAUCAAUGCUAAGGACCCAAUUCAAGAUGGAGCUCAUUGUUUACAGUCAAGAUGGCACAUACAGCCAGAGCCUGCAAACAUGCAAAGGAUAAGCAGUCAAGAUGGAGCUCAUUGUUUACAGUCAAGAUGGCACAUACAGCCAGAGCCUGCAACAUGCAAAGGAUAAGCUAGAAGAGGAGGAAGAAAGGAAACCUAAGUUUCAUUUUGGGAGUGUAGACAAUGGCACAGACAGUAGUGCCACUUUGCGUGGGAUGAGGUUGCACCUUGAGUCUUACUACAUGAUUGCAAGCAAGCGUCUAGCUGACCAGAUCCCAAUGGUGAUGCGCUAUCUGCUGCUCCAGGAAGCAGCUUUGGAGCUGCAAAGGAAUAUGUUGCAGUUGCUGCAAAAUAAAGAUAAUGUAGACGACCUGCUUAAAGAAGACUUUGACAUUGGCCAAAAGCGAGAGAGCUUACUGAGUCGCCAGAAACGUCAUGAAAGCACGCGGCCUCUUGGUUACCUUUUAGAACAACCUUUCUCUAGAUUGUUGAUCAGGAAGUUCAUUACAAAGCAAGAAACAAUCAACCUGGUUGUGGUGCCAUGCAACGUUGACAUUGCAACCACAGAAGCAUUGCAGAUGGCUCAGGAGGAGGACCCUGAGGGCGAAAGAACUUUAGGCAUCCUAACAAAGCCGGAUCUGGUGGAUAAGGGCACUGAGGGGACAGUUGUAGACAUUGUGCACAAUGAGGUCAUUCAUCUUACUAAAGGCUACAUGAUUGUGAGAUGCAGGGGACAGAAAGAGAUUAUAGAUCAAGUCACUCUCAAUGAGGCCACUGCAACAGAAAACGCCUUCUUCAAAGACCAUCCUCAUUUCAGCAAACUCUAUGAAGAAAGUCUUACUACUAUUCCCAAGUUGGCUGAGAAAUUAACAAUUGAGCUGGUUCAUCACAUUCAGAAAUCCCUGCCUCGUUUAGAAGAACAAAUCGAGGCAAAGCUUGCUGAAACACAGAAGGAACUGGAAGCAUACGGCAAUGGACCCCCAACAGACCCUGGAGAAAGACUGAGCUUUCUCAUCGAUAAAGUUACAGCUUUCAUACGCGAUACUCUCAACCUGACCAUUGGGGAAGAGAUUAAAUGUGCACCAGAAACACUGAUUUUCCCAGAACUUCGUCAAGAAUUUGCAAAAUGGAACAGCUUCUUGGAUCAUUCAGGAGAUACCUUCAAAAGGAAGAUUGAGAAAGAACUUGACAUCUAUGAAACCAAGUAUCGAGGAAGAGAGCUUCCAGGAUUCAUCAAUUACAAGACCUUUGAAGGACUUGUUAGGAAUCAGAUUAAUCUGUUGGAAGAUCCUGCCUUAAAGACACUGAAGACCGUCUCUGAUGUGGUUAGAAGAAAGUUCAUCCAGCUGGCACAGAGCAGCUCUGGAUUCCCUAAUCUUCUGAAAAUAGCAAAGACUAAAAUUGAAGCCAUCAAGCAGGAUAAAGAAUCCCUGGCAGAAUCAAUGCUGAGGACCCAAUUCAAGAUGGAGCUCAUUGUUUACAGUCAAGAUGGCACAUACAGCCAGAGCCUGCAACAUGCAAAGGAUAAGAAUAACAAUCUGAAUGAGGACGAAGAAACUAAUAAAAGAUGUAACAGCUUGACCGUAGGCAUAAUCACAGACAGCCAUGCCACCUUGCGUGAGAUGAGGCUGCACCUUGAGUCCUACUACAAGAUUGCAAGCAAGCGUCUAGCUGACCAGAUCCCAAUGGUGAUCCGCUAUCUGCUGCUCCAGGAAGCAGCUUUGGAGCUGCAAAGAAACAUGUUGCAGUUGCUGCAAAAUAAAGAUGAUUAAGACGACCUGCUUAAAGAAGACUUUGACAUUGGCCAAAAGCGAGAGAGCUUACUGAGUCGCCAGAAACGUCUGAUGAAAGCAUGCAGCCUCUUGGUUACCUAUUAAAAAUCAGUUCAUACACUUCAUUAAAACAGUUUUAAUGCAAAAA